UGCAACGGUACGUCAAGUUCUGUUUGCCAAUCCAAAUCGGGUGUUUCUAAAUAAGUGUACAUAUGUUUCGAAGUUUCAGUUAAAUAGUAAAUUUUUAAUUGAUUGUUUUUGCUCUGUUGAGUAUUAGUUGGCAAGAAAAGUAGCACAUAUGCUGACUGACUUCCUUAUAACAAUAUUAUUUUAGAGACCUUAUGUGUGCCCUUUUGCUGCUCGUAAUCGGCGCUUUACGGAUGCUGAUUUGCUAUCUUCAGGUCGCAAGUGGAUCCCUGUAGCAUGCGCCUGCCUUUUGCAUAUUUCAGGACAAGAUGGUUUGUUUCUCUCUCGCAGACCUUGGCAUAUGCGAUCUUAUCCAGGAGUUUGGGUACCACCCGGUGGUCACUGUGAGGCUGGCGAACCCAUACAGGAUACUGCUUUUCGUGAGCUAACAGAGGAAUUGGGUCUACACACAGAUUUUCGUAGUGAAUGUAGAAUUGAGCCGCUCUGUGCUUGGGAGGCUGCUUAUCCAUCUCGUUCUGAUACGAUAGCUGGGAAAAGUGCCAUUAUCCCGAAAUCUCACCAUAUGGUCAUAUAUUACUCAGUCAAAUGGUCUACUUCCAAGUCAAAUUCAACUUUUAAAGAUAAUCGCUUGUGUCUACCACACUUUGCUUUAGAAGCUGAUGAAGUAUCUGCAGUUGUUUGGCUUCCAAGAUCUGUCCUUACUAAAUUGAAUGAAGACUGGCUAGCAUUCGAAAAAUAUUUCCAAAAUCAACCUACAACUAGUCCUUCGAAGUAUGCUUAUCCGGAGUUGUCAACUAUGCCGACCACUAUCGAAAUUGAUAAGGACCAAACACCGAUUUGACCAAUCUCAUGACUGAAUGACUCGUUUCAACGUAAAACUUUGCACAAAUAUCCAGCAGUUCGAGUUGCCACCCUCCAUGUAGCACACAGCAAGAGAAGAGAAUAAAGGGAGAUAAUAAACAGAAGUGUGAGAGAAAAAGAACAGUGAUAUGGAAGGACAAUAGAAUUUUAUUGGACAUUAUAAAUCACAAAGAGUACUGGAGUAUAAAUUCCACAGAAUGGCAAUCGAUACCUGUAAAUCAACUUAUAUGUGGAUUGACAUCAAGUCGAAAUCCGUCUAUUUCUUCUGAACACAUUGUAAAAUCUGAAUCUCAUUGUCAACCUAGUGGUGUAACUCUGGGAACAUUGUAUGCUAUAAACUGUUGGCUUUCAUCAACUUCUUCCACAUAGACUAUUUUUCAACACUUCUUACGGGAUUACGCUUUAUAAAUUUCGUUUACGAAUUUUUUUUUUUGUUAAAAAAACAUUCCCCCAAAAGACUGUUCAUGUGUUGACCCCUUUAACAACAUUUAUUUUUAGUUUUUUCCACACUACAUAUCUUAUCGACAUUGAAUUCCGAUAUUUAUUCUAUGACCAAUCAUGACCUACUUUCCCUAACCAAUCGUUUCUUUUAUUUUAGUAUGUUUUAUAGCGACAACAGGGGAACCUUAUAAAAUCUGAGAAUAUAUAUAUAUA